CUUUCAUUCAUACUGUCAAAGUUGUCAAACAUUCGUAAUCGUGAUCACAUUGUAAUAUUUCUUUAAUUUGAUAAUUUCUAACUAUUAGGUAAACAAUACGCUAAUUAGGAAUUGAAUGUUACAUUAGAAGUUCAUAUUGCAACGGUCAUAUCAUGUCCACACGUUGGUACCCUAUUUACCAACGGGGCAACCCCCAGCUAAGAGUGUUUUUACCAAACUUUUGGAUGAAAUUGAUACGUCCUGAGCAGAAGCAACCACCAAAUAUAGUACAGUUCCAUUGCUCAAUGGAAAUGACUAAAAUGGAUAUCAAAAACUAUCUAGAAAAGAUAUACAAUGUUCCUGCUGUGCAUGUAAGAACAAGGAUUGCACUUGGAAAGUUCCGCAAGGAGCCUGGUAAAGGCUAUGUUAUUAAAGAUGAUGACCGCAAAUAUGCCUAUGUGACUUUGCCCAAAACCAUGAAAUUUGAGUUCCCCGAGGGCUUAUGUGGUGAUAAGAAUGAUGAUGAAAACGAGGACUUGAAAUCUUUGGAUGAAGCCAAGAAGAGCUUUCAAACCUUUAUUGAUCGCAACAAGAAUAGAUCAGAUGUGCCCAGUUGGUUUUCAAUUUAGUUACUUUUAGAAUAAAGUAGAGAGUGUAAAAUAUUUUAGGUGUAAAUAAAUAGAUGUUCCAUUAAA